CCGGUUUAGUCGAGCAUGCUCGAGUCCGUCGCGCAGGGAUCUCCAUCCAUAUUCGUUGCCUCACUUUCGGGCAUCAUGUUGCUCUUCGACUUCUCCUUUCCCAUUUGCUCCUGGGGCACGGGUGACUCUAACCCGUCGCGGCGCAUCGUCUGCCUCUCUGGCAUACUAAUUCCAGGCCGAUCUCCCUCUCCCUUUCUCUCCUUUUCUUCAGCCUAUUCCUCACUCGCAUAGCCUUAUCCUCCAUUGCUACUAUACUACUCUGCUUCUCUGCCAAUCUCGUCUGUGGUUUUGUCACCAUCACCAUAACUUUGUCUCUCCCGCCGUAUCUCCCUUGACCAGCUGCUGCAUGAUAAAAGAGCUACAAGCGCUUCGAUAUAUUCGUCUAUCUAAUCAGUUGCUCCUUCUAGGACCUCCAUAAAAGUCGCUCAUCCUCCCCCUUUUAUCAUUCUCUCACUCCGGCGCUUCUCUCUACUGAUAACAGCUUCCCUGAUUACUGCUCCAUCCGUCACAAGAGACAACACAAGAGGAUAUUCAAACGGAUCUAGGCCAGCAACCAUGUGCGAUGACGAGUCAUUUACUAGGGCUAUUUCUGGUUACCGGGACGCUUGGUUGGUUCAGCACUCCCAUCUAUCGGAGUCGGAACGAAAUCAGCUCUGGAGUCGACGCCUGAGUCAGUUUCUCCCCGUCUCAGCUUCGCCUGCCGGCCUUCAUGCCGGCUCACCCAUGCGCAGGUCUGGAAAACGGUUUCGGCAGGACAUUCCGCGGAUGCUACCUCCUGAUUCUGGAUUUCCCUCGGCGAAACGACAAGCCACCGUAUGUGACCUUGGUCUUUUACUUCCGCCUCUUCUCUUAUCCGCCUUCCCAUCCUGUUCCUCUUGAGAUGCUGUCCUCUCUCUAUCCCUCCUUCUCUCCUUCUACUGUCUCUCUCGCCAACCUGUCCCUGGAUUGACAUUUGGCAGACACCGGAAGUCCCAGCCCCCGCCAACCUGACGCGAGAUCUUUCUCACGCCUCGUCCCUAGCAGCAUGGCAACUGGCACACAUGCCUUCUCAAAUGGGCAACUCUCCCUCGUCCAUUCAUGGAUCCUCAUAUCGCCACACUGCCAUGGCUCGCUCGAAGAGCCAGCAGACCCCGGUCUCCAAACAGGCCCAACAGGGGAUGCCCUUGACGACAAAACGGAAGUCUUAUGGACCCCAACGGACGCAGCUUCGUAUCGACCAUGUUAAUGAAUACUCCCCAUCCGAAUAUACUCAACAAUGUUUGGAUGAUCCUCCAGACUUGACUGGUACUUCUCUACCGUUCCUUGGCCCCUCUCCGGAUCUAGUCUCGACGGGGCAGGGUCAGCUGCAGUUCUCCCUUACCGAUUUCGGUGGGCUUUCGACUUCCUCGCCAGACGGGACACUGCAUCCGGCCUUGGCUGCAACAGCGAUGAGUAGGAGCACGACAACCGACUCGCUCUGCGGAGGAAUAGGCAUGAUGAGGUUCGACUCCACAGGGUCGAAUCUUGACCCCAGCACCUCCAGUUUUACAUUCCCCGCAUCCAAUUUCGUACCUUCAGUGUCUCAAGACAUCUCUAUCCCCGUCCCUAUUCCUUCCAAGCAAAGCGAUUUCCCCUUUCCAUUCUCCGAGUCAUGCCCCCCUUCCUUUUCCACAUAUGCCCCUCCUACUACCCCCUUCCAGCUUCCUCUCUCGUCUGCUACAGAAAUGGGCCAUUCAAUGUCCAGCAGCAGCAGUAGCUCAUCGCUGUCUCAGCAAUCAAGGGCCACUCGAAGAACCCAAGAACAGAUCGUUCAAGGCACGAGGCCCAUUGCUCCCAAGGUUGAGGGGGGGGUCAGCACGACGUCCAAUGUAUCAGACCAACAUAAAAUGAUCCGCAUCUCGUCGUCCAACGGCACACCGAAGGAAGUGGCUGCGAUACCAAAGGCUUCGAUCCAGCGGCCACCACGUCCAAAGACGUAUUGUACCAUGUGCAAUGACCAGCCCGAUGGGUUUCAUGGUGAGCAUGAACUCCGGCGACACAUUGAGCGAGUGCACUCAGUGGUCCGCAAGGUCUGGGUAUGCGUCGACAUUUCACCAGAUAAGACCUUUCUUGCCAAUUGCAAGGCAUGUCGCAGCCAGAAACGGUAUGGUGCCAAUUACAAUGCAGCUGCCCAUCUCCGCCGCACGCACUUCAAUCCGUGCCAACGCGCUCGAGGCGGUCGUAGCAAGGACAGCGAGAAACGCGGCGGUAAGGGCGGUGGCAAUCAGCCGUCCAUGGAAGUUCUGAAACAUUGGAUGGUUCAGAUUGAUGAGUUUGUCGAGGAGAAUGCUCCAAAUUUGAUUGAUCAAGGACUUGGUGGUCAAGAAGCGGGCCUUCCCCAACCGGCUCCCGUUGCGGCUGACGAUGCCAUGAUGAGUAACAGAUCUUCGGACCUGGGACUAGCAUCAACGAUAGCAGAAGGUGGCAGUCUCCCCACAUGGGACCCGAGCCUAGUGAACAGGUAUGAUGGUUUUUCCUCGAUGGACUUUAGUCCAUUGUUGGACACUUCAUUCUACGCUUCAACUCAGCAAGUGCCCGGUGAGAUUGACGCGUAUGCUCUAUGAUGGAGGUUUUGCUUUUUCUUUUCUUUUCUUUUUAUUAUUAUUAUUAUCUUUUUCUCUCUCUCUUUUUUUCACCCCUUUUCUUACCUCCACCUUGCACAUGAUUCCUAUUUCCCUCACCCCUUCUUAUCCUACUUCCCCAUUUCCACCCAUUUCCAUUUUCUUGACCGACCAGCUUUGAGCAUGGGAUGGUACUAAUGGUGAAGACCGACAAAUCAAUACACAUUUCCGGACACUUGGCUGUACUCAGCCAAGGAUUGUCAUGAACAGCUUAUCUCCAUACUAUUAUAUUGAUGGCCUUUGUAGGUAGUACAAUACCUCUGCUGCCGCACAAGCAGUAGCCAAAUGUGGCUCUGUUGCAUGCACGGGGGUGGUGUUGCUAUUAUCUGUUACAGAUUUGUAGGAUCUUAGCAAAUGAGUCUUAUAGUUGAUGCUAAUUCAUGCUCAUGGUUAUUGCUGU